GAUAUAAGAGAAGGAACACUUUGUCUAUAGUUAGCACGUCAUAGAUAGCUACUAGCUAAAAGCUUUUCUAUGAGAUUUAUAUUUUAUAGCUAGGUUAAAUGUCGCUCUAAGAAACCAAACUUAAAACUACUUUCGUCAGUUUACAGCUAGCUAUAAGCAGCUCAGAAUUCAAAAGUUACAUGCUCUAAUAUGAUGUACUUGCUGGCUAGCAAAAGCUUUUGUGCAUCAUGUGGAGCCGUAGAUUAGUGGUUAUAGCUCUCGUACUAGUGGAGCCGUAGAUUAGUGGUUAUAGCUCCCGUACUCUGUGCGGGAGACCGGGGUUCGAUUCCUCUUGACGGCGAUUCAACAUGGGCCGAGUGAAUGUUACCAUAGCCCCGGGUUAACCCAAGCCAUGUGAGGGAAAUUGGGGAGAUGGCACACUGUGUGGGCCGUUGGAUGUUGCCGGGAGUUGUCUAGUAGAGCGCGGGCCCUAAUUGGGUCUGCGUAGCUCAAAAAUGAGCAUUAAAUACUCUAGGACUCUCCAUAAGCCAUGGCCCCUCCUGGAAAUAAUAGACAGGGUAUAUCCCUCGAUAUUUGUGAGGCUAGCCAUGUAAAAUAUGCACAUCUAUCUAUCUAUCUAUGUAUACCUAGGGCAAAGUAGAAAAACCACAAAGAUUUUAAAAAGUUUCAGGGAGUUUUAACGUUCAUUUUAUUAAUAAUAAUAUAUAUCAUCUUUGUACAAAACAUGAAUUAAUUUGUAAUGUUAUAUAGCUACAUUUUUUUUAAAAAAAAUAAUACAAGUUUUAAAAAUAUGCUCCAAUUUUCUGAGUCAUUAAUUUCCUAGAAUAAGGUGUGCAAAAUGCACACCUUAUUCUAGGAAUGUUAUAAUUUCACAUUGUUUAAUUUAAGUAGAUUGUGCUGGAUCAAUUCAGAGAUAAAACUGGUAAUGGCUCACAUAUUGGAAGAGUGCUUACAAGAUUCAUCACGUGAUGUAGAAGAUCCAAUUACUUCCUUAUUAAAAGAAUGCAGGGAAGAAAAGAAAGCGACGGAGAAAAAAACAACUACUGUGUACAACAUGAAAAGUGGAAAGAAACGUGCUAGAAAACGUUGUUCAAAAAAGCCUUGUACAAAGACACAAAAAACUUCUACAAAUCAAAUUAGUUGUGAUGUAACAUCAACUGACCUUCAACUUGAUUCAGAAAGUAUUCCUGAUGAUGGUCUUUCAGAUCUUUAUGUGUUAAACAAUGAUGGGGACAGUGAACCCCAGACUUUGAAUUGGUUUAAAAGAACAUCAUCUGCUGAAUCUUCUUGGGUUGAUGUUCGCCAGGAGCUAAUAAAUUCCUUAAUAAAAAGAGAAUAUUUUACUUCUGACCUAUGCUUACAUUGUGGAAUAAAUCCAUCUUCCAUAGAAUGUUAUGGUUGUUUACCUACCAAAAUCUAUGUUUUGAAUGUGAUAGGAAACUUCAUGUAACUCACCCUUUUCAUGAUAGAACAAUAUUUAACGAAUGUCUUAUUGCAUUAGCACCAACGCAGACUUUCCUUGAUGGUGAAAUCAUGAAUAUAGG